GCGAACGCCGUCCAACGCCGCAAUGUCUGUCAAUCCGCGCAAGAGAAAGGCCGCCGCCAGGCCGCCGCCGCCGCCGGAGAGCGAGUCCGAGAAUGAGCUGGGCGACGGGCUGCUCGAGGGAAUUCUGUCGCAUUCAGAGGACGAAUCGGGCAGUGAGGAAGACGUCGACGAUGAUACCGACGCCAGCAGCAUUAUCGAGGGGCUGUCCGACGAGGAUGAGGAGGACGACGACGAGGACGACAUUCGCGAGCAGAUGCGCAACCUCAAGACGGCCGACGCCCCGCAGCGCAAGCCCGGCCAGCAGACGCACGAGAUGGACCUCGACGCCCUGACCGCCCCCGCCCUCGACGCCGACGACGAGGCCCUCAAGCCCAACUACACCGUGCAGACCGACGCCAACGGCAACACGCGCUACAUCUACCGCGAGAUCGACCCCGUCUACGAGUCGGACGACUCGGACGCCGAGCAGACCAACACCAUCGGCAACAUCGACCUCGCCUACUACGACGAGUACCCGCACAUUGGCUACGAUAUCAACGGCAAGAAGAUCAUGCGCCCCGCCAAGGGCGAGGCUCUGGACGCCCUGCUGGACAGCAUCGACAUCCCCAAGGGCUGGACCGGCCUGACCGACCCCACCACCGGCAAGCCGCUGCAGCUGUCCGACGAGGAGCUGAGCGUGCUGAAGAAGGUCACGCGCAACGAGAUCAUCGAGGACGGCUACGACCCGUACCCCGACAUGAUCGCCUACUUCUCGGGCGUCAACCAGGAGGUCAUGCCGCUGAGCGCCGCCCCCGAGCCCAAGCGCCGCUUCGUGCCGUCCAAGCACGAGGCGAAGCGCGUCAUGAAGAUCGUCAAGGCCAUCCGCGAAGGCCGCAUCGCCCCGUACCGCCCGCCCGAGGACAUCGAGGAGGAGGACCAGUUCAGCUUCGACGUGUGGGCCGACGAGAAGCCGCGCGACGCCAACUCAAUGCACAUCGCCGCGCCCAAGCUGCCGCCGCCCGGCUACGAGGCCUCCUACCACCCGCCCGCCGAGUACCUCCCCGACCAGGCCGAGGCCGACGCCUGGCGCGCGCAGGACGAGGAGGACCGCGAGCGCGAGUUCCUGCCCAGCAACUACGAGGCCCUGCGCAAGGUGCCCGGCUACGACGCCUUCGUCAAGGAGCGCUUCGAGCGCAGUCUGGACCUGUACCUCGCCCCGCGCAUCCGCCGCAACCGCCUCAACAUCGACCCCGAGUCGCUGCUGCCCAAGCUGCCCGACCCGGAGGACCUCAAGCCCUUCCCCACCACCUGCGCCGCCAUCUUCCGCGGCCAGGAGGGCCGCGUGCGCUCCGUCUCCGUCGAUCCGCUGGGCAUCUUCGUCGCCUCGGGCGGCGACGACGGCUACGUCCGCAUCUGGGAGAUCCUCACCGGCCGCCAGGUGUGGAACGCCCGCCUCUCCUCCGAGGAAGCCGUCGACACCGUCGCCUGGCGCCCCGUCAAGGAAGCCUCCAUCCUCGCCGCCGCCGCCGGCGAACACGUCUACCUCAUCAUCCCCUUCGCGAUCCUGUCGCCCGACAUCGAGCAGCACUCGCGCGACCUGCUCGACGCCGGGUGGGGCUACGCAGCCUCGAAACCCUCUGCCGCCGCCGCCGAAGACGCCCCCAAAACGCCCCCCGGCAUCUGGUCCCGGCCAGAGAAGAAGCUAGAAAACAAAGGCGUCCUCAUCCAAAUCGAAGUCCGCUCCGCCAUCAAAACGCUCUCCUGGCACCGCCGCGGCGACUACUUCACCACGGUCUCGCCGCGCGGCGCCUCCUCCUCGGUCGCCAUCCACACGGUCUCUAAACACCUGACCCAGCUGCCGUUCCGCCGCCUCAAGGGGCUCGCGCAAACCGCGCUCUUCCACCCGCUCAAACCGCUCUUCUUCGUCGCCACCCGCAACACGAUCCGCGCCUACGACCUCGCGAAGCAGGAACUCGUCAAAAUCUUGACGCCGGGCGCAAAGUGGAUCUCAGACAUUUCUCUGCACCCGGGCGGCGAUAAUUUGGUCGUCGGGACGUAUGAUAAGAGGCUGCUGUGGCAUGAUUUGGAGUUGAGUACGAAGCCGUACAAGACGCUGCGGUUCCACACCGCGGCGAUCCGCAGCGUCGCGUUUCAUCCAGGUGGGUUGCCGUUGUUCGCGGAUGCGAGUGAUGAUGGCAGUUUGCAGGUUUUUCACGGCAAGGUGGUGGGGGAUCUCAUGCAGAAUGCGACCAUUGUGCCGCUGAAGGUGCUCAGGGGGCAUCGUGUUAAGCAGAGACUGGGCGUUAUGGGGGUGCAGUGGCAUCCGCGGGAGCCGUGGUGUGUUAGUGCGGGUGCGGAUGGGACGAUUAGGCUGUGGUGUUGAAGAGGUGGGGUGUUGAACAGCUGUGAUGCGAUGACGGGGGGAUACCAAAAGGA